GUCUUUGCCGAAACAGCGAGGCUUCCUCCCAAUUCCAAUCCAAGCCCCAACUAACGACCUCCGCCCAUUCCGCUCGCGGUUGCCUCCGCCUCCGCCUCCGCCUCCGCGCCUAACCCAAUCCAGAGCCAGGGCAGGGCAACCAAACCCUAGGCCCUCGCGCUCGUGGUAUCCAUGGGCUGACCGCGUCCCGGUGGGGAGCCCGGAUCCAGAGCUAGGGUUCCGUCCUCGGCGGCAACGCCAUGGAGUGGGACAGCGAGUCCGACGGCGCCGGCAGCGUCGGCGUCGACGAGCAGGAAGAGGAGCAGGAGCAGGAGGAGGAGGAGGAGGAGCGGGGAGGCGAGGGAGGAGGUGGCGACGCCGGUGGGAUGUUCACGCUCGCGAUUGAAGGCAUGCUGCGCGCGUCAGGUCCGUGCGGGCUCGUCGUCACCGACGCGCUCGAGCCCGACUGUCCCAUCAUCUACGCCAACCGCGGCUUCGAGGAGGCUACGGGCUACCGCGCCGAGGAGUUUCUUGGCAGGAACUGGAUUGCUUGGCAUGAUACCAUACUACUGAUUACAAAGAAAACCAUAUGCUUGGCUUUAGCUGGCAUGAUAUUGCUGUUUUGAGGUCAUGUUCUUCAAUAUUGUUUCGAGAGAGAAAUAUCUAAGUCGAUUCCUGCAGUGUAGAGGGCCAUUUGCUCGAAGGAGACAUCCCCUAGUUAAUGCUGCAGUGGUUUCAGAGAUUCAAAGAUGCAUAAACAACAGCAUUGAGUUCCGUGGCGAUUUAUUAAAUUUCAGAAAAGAUGGAUCGCCACUGAUGAACAGGUUGCAUCUGACCCCUAUAUAUGGAGAUGAUGAAACUAUAACCCAUUAUAUGGGCAUCCAGUUCUUCACUGAUGCUAAUGUUGAUUUGGGACCAUUGCCCUGUCCAAUGACAAAGGAACCAGUGAGGUCAACACGGUUUGCUCCAGAUAACUCAUUUCGACCCAUUUCUGCGGGGCCAGAGCACAGCAAUUUCUGCCGGGAAUAUUCUAGCCUCUUCCAGUUAACGGAUGAAGUGCUUUGCCAAAGUAUACUGUCAAGGUUGACACCAAGAGAUAUAGCAUCUGUGAGCUCCGUGUGCAGGUGCUUGUAUCAUUUGACAAGAAAUGAAGAUCUCUGGAGAAUGGUUUGCCAGAAUGCUUGGGGUAGUGAAACUACUCGAGCUCUUGAGACGGUGCCCGCUGCAAGAAGGUUGGGCUGGGGACGUCUGGCAAGAGAACUGACCACCCUGGAAGCUGUUGCCUGGAGGAAAUUGACAGUUGGGGGUGCAGUGGAGCCAUCUCGAUGCAAUUUCAGUGCCUGUGCCGUAGGGAACCGUGUUGUUCUAUUUGGUGGGGAAGGUGUUAACAUGCAGCCGAUGAAUGACACGUUUGUAUUGGAUUUAAACGCUAGCAAUCCAGAGUGGAGGCAUAUAAAUGUGAGUGCAGCUCCUCCAGGUCGCUGGGGCCAUACUCUGUCAUGCUUAAAUGGCUCUUGGUUGGUUGUUUUUGGUGGAUGUGGAAGGCAGGGUCUGCUUAAUGAUGUAUUCAUGUUGGAUUUGGAUGCAAAACAACCAACCUGGCGUGAGAUACCUGGAGUUGCACCCCCAGUUCCACGUUCAUGGCACAGCUCCUGCACUUUGGAUGGGACGAAGUUAGUAGUUUCUGGUGGCUGUGCCGAUUCAGGUGUACUUCUCAGUGACACAUAUCUUCUUGAUGUAACCAUGGAUAGGCCAGUUUGGAGAGAGGUUCCUGCAUCCUGGAAACCGCCUUCUAGGCUGGGGCACUCAAUGUCUGUCUAUGAUGGUAGGAAGAUCCUGAUGUUUGGUGGUCUUGCUAAGAGCGGCCCUCUGCGGCUCAGGUCUAGUGAUGUGUACACAAUGGACUUAAGUGAAGAAGAACCUUGCUGGCGAUGCCUCACUGGUAGUGGAAUGCCUGGGGCUGGAAAUCCAGCUGGCGCAGGUCCACCUCCUCGCCUCGAUCAUGUUGGUGUGAGCCUGCCAGGUGGAAGAAUUUUGAUAUUUGGUGGCUCAGUGGCAGGUCUUCACUCAGCAUCACAGCUUUAUCUGUUGGAUCCAACUGAAGAAAAGCCGACCUGGAGAAUUUUGAGUGUUCCUGGGCACCCUCCCCGAUUCGCCUGGGGCCACAGCACCUGUGUUGUUGGAGGAACAAAAGCGAUAGUGCUUGGUGGACAAACUGGGGAAGAGUGGAUGCUUACAGAAAUACAUGAGCUCUCUUUGGCAAACAACUCAGUCUGAGUUCAUGGUGGACAAACCGGGGAAGAGUGGAUGCUUACAGAAAUACAUGAGCUCUCUUUGGCAAGCAACUCAGUCUGAGUUCAGGGUGGCCAAACCGGGGAAGAGUGGAUGCUUACAGAAAUACAUGAGCUCUCUUUGGCAAGCAACUCAGUCUGAGUUCAGGAAUGGUUCUUAGUCAUGCUCCUUGCAAACUAAUUGCGGCUUCUUAUGCGACCUGAAGCUUGAUUGCCUUCACCUUCAGAGUAUCAUCUGGCAGCUACAUGGCUUUACUUGGGAGAUGAAAUGGUUUUCACUGGUUUGCUCGCUUUAUGUAGGCAGAGGGUAGCGAUAUGUUCAUUUUUAUUGCCGUUUGCUUGGCCUUCUUUUUACCAGAUAAUUACAGUUCAUAAGCUACUAUUGUGGAAUGAGUACCAGAUUUUAUAUGUAUUCUCAGAUGUUUCCGACUUGCAAUAUGUUAGGAAAACAAAGGACUACCUUGUACAUAGUUUAAGCUUUUGUUGUACGGUACAUGGAGACCUUGAUGCUGCUGUCUUGCGGCACAGGCGCACAACUGCUGAGAUGGCGUGAUGUAAGGUGAUCACCGAUCGACCAUGUUUUUGUGCAGAACUUGUAUUAUGCAGAAAUUUCAUCCCGCUGAGCUUGGCUCGGUAUCGGUUUA